UGGUAUUCUUUUGGUCUGUUUUGAGGGUGCAUGAUAAUGGCACAUGGACAUGUAAUAUUAUUUGGUGAGCUAAUUGUCCCAUGUUAUUAGUUUCCUGUUCUGUUGUUCUGUGUGUCUGGUGGUUGAGUUAAAGAGUGCUUCUAGAUUCUGUUGUUUUUCCUCUUGUUUGACUAGUUUAUUUUCUUGUUUGUCUAUGUACUGUUGUCUGUGGCUGCUACUCUAUUUUUCUGAUUAAAAUGUUCAUUUAUAUUUGUUUUGUCUAUAAUUUGUUUAUCACUUUUUAUGAUUGAACAAAUUGUGGGAUUAGCAAAGGCAAUGAUAAAGCACAGUUUGAAGAUUGAGGGCUUGGAUGAUGCAGUUGACAUUGUUGGAACUGGUGGUGACGGAGCAAACACAGUAAACAUUUCAACCGGGGCUUCAAUACUUGCUGCAGCUUGUGGUGCAAAAGUUGCAAAGCAAGGUAAUCGUUCAAGUUCCUCUGCAUGUGGAAGUGCAGAUGUAUUGGAAGCUUUGGGAAUAAUAAUUGACUUGGACCCUGAGGGGGUCACGAGAUGUGUUAAUGAAGUAGGCAUUGGUUUUAUGAUGGCACCAAAGUAUCAUCCUGCAAUGAAUGUCGUUCGUCCCGUAAGGAAAAAGCUAAAAGUAAAGACUGUAUUCAACAUUUUGGGACCUAUGUUGAAUCCAGCUAGAGUUCCUUUUGCUGUUGUUGGUGUAUACAAGGAAGAAUUAGUCCUAAAGAUGGCUAAAGCAUUACAAAGCUUUGGCAUGAAGAGAGCAUUGGUUGUUCACUCGGAGGGCUUGGACGAAAUGAGUCCCCUUGGUAAACUCUAUCUUUUACAUGAGAUUAUGAUUAUUUGGCAAUUCUAAGACAAUUGUUUGCGU